AUGUCAGAAAUGGAAAAGGCCUUCCGUCGGUUUGCCAUAUAUGGAGACACAGCUGCCACCGGCAAUGACAUGACUGGCAAGAACUUCUCCAAGAUGUUGAAGGAGUGUGGCGUGAUGGACGGGAAGGCUGUCACCUCCACUGACGUGGACAUCGCCUUCAACAAAGUCAAGACCAAGGGGGCUCGUAACAUCAACUACGUUGAGUUCCUGCAAGCCAUUAAGAUGCUGAGCAGCAAGCACUUCAAGGAGAAGUCACCUGAGGAGGCUCUGCUGGCCACGUUCAAGUUGAUGGAGGGCAAAGAGCCAGCCAACGUGGGUGCAACAAAAUCUGUCACGGUCGGUGUGGUGGACAGACUGACAGACACCAGCAAAUACACAGGCUCCCACAAGGAACGUUUUGGAAAGGGAAAAGGAAUAGCCGGGCGUGCAGACCUGGCCAACAACAGUGGCUACGUUGGGGCCUACAAGGGGUCUGGCACAUAUGACAAGUCCCACUAGAGGGUUGUGGAACUCCUGGCCCUAUAGACGUUGCUGGUCUGCAUCAUCUCUGACCAUUGGGC